UUCACAACGUCAAGUGCACAUAUCACGACUCAGAACGCUAGUCGGCCUGAGAAAGGCCGAGAUGAGAGCUUGAGAUGGAUUACCAUCAGGUUCACGGGAGGGACAUAUCGAGCUUCGACCUUCCAUCGACGCAUCGGCUACCGACAGUCUCGGCGGCCCAGGCACAAGAGGAACUGACAGCUGACCCUUUCCGCUUCGUAUCCACGGGACUGGACGUCUUGGACACGCUGCUUGCCGCGCCUAAGAAUGACGGCCGUACCAGAGACAUCGGAGGGGUCCAGCGAGGUAUAGUGACCGAAAUCUGGGGCCCGCCUGGCGUAGGCAAGACUUCGCUGGGCCUGCAGCUUGCCUCGAAUGCACUCGCCAGCAAACGAUCGGUGGUUUGGGUAGACUGUUUCCACAACAUCUGCUCUCACAGGCUGCCUGAUAUUGUCGGCACCAAGCAUGAGCCUGAUGUUUUGGACAGGUUUGUCCACUUUGAAUGUCCAGAGCUGGCACACUUGAUUGCCUUGCUCUGCAGACCAAAUGAGCUCUGCGUACCAUUAGACACAUCACUCGUCGUUGUUGAUUCCCUUACGGCUUUGAUAAACCACGCAUAUCCUCGAACAUUUGAUGGCAGGGCCGCUGCCAAGAUGAACGGCGGUAGCAAGAUUCCGUCUUCUUCUGCAAAACGGCAACAGACUCUCCAACAUUUGAUAGGUGCACUGCAGAAGUUGGCUGCAACGCGAAACUUGGCCGUGGUUAUAUUGAGCCAGUGUGCCACCAAGAUGCAGCUUGAACGAGGAGCUGCUCUGAUUCCAGCCGUCAAUGCAAGCUGGUGGGAGGAUGGAAUCUCCACAAGGAUAGUCCUCUUCAGGGACUGGUCCAUGCAAUCCGGUAGCGCUAGGGCCGCUCGCUUUGCUGCAGCACUCAAGGUCAACGGAAAGAAGGUAGACGAGGGCGAUGUUGAAUUGGCCGCGUUCGAGACCGUCGCUACUGGCCUUGAAGCUGUUGCUCUUGACAGUUGCCGUCGGCGCGCGCCACUGGCUAUAGCCACAGCACAAAAACGCAAGCUUGGGCCCUCUGGUAGCCUCGAGAUUCCGGACAGCGAUGACGAAGACUACGGCUGGCAGGAAGAGGACGCCUCUGCCCUUCCGCAGAUACCUCAGUGGCAGGGAAGUGAGGACAUUCUACUCGUCCGGGGCCAGGAUAGUGACGAGGGUGAAGAGGUUGAGCCUACUGACGAUGGACAAGAUGCCGAAUCCGACAAGUGACAUAUGAGCCAAUCGGUCGAUGACUCAAAAAUAUCGAUCCAGUCACUGUCUGACCUCAACCGUAAUACGAAAGGCGUGGUCCUGACGGUCUGGAGUCGAGUAAUCGCGCUAUUGCCUAUUCCCGGCUGCUGCCCCUAUCUAUUGGCUAUCGCUUGACCUAGCAUCUCAUCUCAAUCGGGGGAAGCUCCUUCACCAAAUGAAAAAGUCAUGCCAAAGUCCCAUUGUGUGGUCGUUGAAACACUGGAUUUGGUAAUUACCAUACUGAAAAAGGCCCACUGCAACCGGCGGAAAUUUCUUCAUCCCCUCACCCCCUUGUGUGUACACCGCCCAUGGCCACCCCAGCCCAUCUUCCGGGGAUUAUGGUGGGUGGUGCGGCGCAUUCCGUCGUCCAAUGUCGGCGGCACGUCGGACUGAUUGCGGAGGAGAAUGGCGUGUCUGUUCUGAGGUAAUCAAUGCUGGCCCUGUUUAGUCAAUACAUGCUGAGCAAGACUACAACGAAAAAAAAAAGGGAGGAGGACAAGCGAAAAAAAAAGAUCCCCACAGAUUCUACUUGACUCGAUCGUGGCAUAGUAGCGAAAUUUUUGUCUUUUUUUUUUUUUUUUUUUCUCUUUCUCACUCUUUCUGAUUCACUAUGUC